AUGCCUACAUUGAUUUGGAACUGCAAUGCGAUGCCUGAAAUUUGUAGUAACGUUGAUAAUUGGAAAAGGAUGAACCCAGCAGCGAACGUAGUGCCGAGGGAAUUCACUAUGGACAUGAGGAAUGACGGCAGGACCGACACCCGCCGAGCUCGCAUGUGUGGGGGUACUGAUUGGAAAAACAUCAGGGAUGACUUGAUCGCCCUUCCUUUUGAUAUUAACCGCCCUACAAGUAUUUGGUAUUCAAUACCAAUUGCACGAGGGCGGGGGCAGCCCCGCGUAAUGGGGGUACAAAAUGGACAGCGGCUCGUGGCUGGCGCCGAGCUUACUUUAAUAGAGGAUGGUCCCCCGUUUAGUGGUAUUUCUUCCGGUCUUAUGUAUACCUGCGAUGAGUUUCCUUGUGCCGGUUGGAUUGAAGGAGGGGACGGCCCAAGUGGAAACAAUCGGGGUUCAAUUAUGCCUGCACCACAGGCCGCCAACUGUGCCGGCUCGCAGUACUCCCGAGGAGGUUUCAAGGCGGAGAGCGAGCAAGACUGGCAAGCUAAAGGGAACACCGCACUGGCAUCAGCAAUUCGUGAGAUCUGGGGAGCUGCAGUUGCGCAAAGUGCGGCCGUAGUUUUUACGUUUACCACGACCACCAUUAUGCCCAAUAACCCUAACAAUGCCGCCACCCACGUAAUGGUUGUCUACGAAACUGCGGUUGCUAAUCCUACAACUAUAGUUAGAAGGAGUGAUGGGAAGAAUCACUUUGUGGACUCCGCGGGACGCCCGAUUACGCCCACUUCGGACCCAAAGCAGGCUCUGAAAACACCCUCUCCUGAACAAAAUAUUCACAUCGACAUCUUCAAGAGAGGCGAUAAUGGCGCCGUAGAUGGGCAUAAGCUAGAUAGUAGUGACCCAAGGCCACUUAUCGAUGAGGAAAAUGAAGCUCUUGAUGAUGAGAUCCGGGCUCUUAGGCAACUCAAAACGGAAGAGAAAAAACGAAGGGAAGACGAGGAUAAAAGGAUUAUAGAGCAGAUGGAACUAAAUCAGGAAGAAAUUGGAGUAGAGGCUCCUAUCUAUGACCCCCGGCUUUUUGAGACAGAUGAGUAUCUAUCAAUUCUUGAUCCGAAGCUAUUUAUUUCAGACAAAAAGACCAAGAGAGAAAACGGUGGCAAAGAAGAGCGUAAAAGACUUGUCGGCAGCGACAGGGGUACUUGGUUCACCAAAGAAGAAGCAUCAAGAAUCGCACGACUUCGAAAGCUUGCAGAUUCCGCGAAACACGCAUCUUCUCGGGAGCCAGCCGCUGUUAAAAAUGCCCGGAGAAUUGUUCGGGCGGCGCAGAGAGAAGCGGAGGCAAGAAAUGCUUAUGUAGUAGCUAAUCCACGACGGAAUUCCCCAAAUGGGCCCCGGGGAGACGCUCCUAUCAAGACAAAACGUCGUUUUCAACGAAGCCGUUACGAAUUUACAGUGAAUAGCACCGUAGCAGAGGCUGCAGCCCUCGUAGCUGAAGCGGAUGCUAAAGCAGCAAAUACCACAGAAAUUAUUCCAAAAUUAAAGCCGCGCGCACCCCCGCCAAACGCCUCUCUGUGGUGGUACGAAGGAAUUGAACAUAAUGGCCAGUUCGCGGGCGCACCAUCUGGAUACAAGGUCUAUAGAAACGUCAAGGACUAUGGCGCUAAAGGCGACGGUGUCACGGACGACACGGAGGCGAUCAACAAUGCGAUUCGAGAAGGAAAUCGGUGUCAAGCAAAUUGCGGGGCUACUUCAGUUCUCGGGGCUGUCGUCUAUUUUCCAACAGGGACAUAUUUAGUCAGCGGUAGUUUGCUGUCAGACUAUUAUACUGUAUUCAUUGGAGAUCCCAGAAACAGGCCGAUUUUACAAGCUAGCAACUCCUUUGUCGGAUUUGGUAUAUUUGAAUCCGAUUUCUACGAUGGUGGACCGGACAGUCACGAAUGGUUUAUCAACCAAAAUAACUUUUACCGUCAGAUCCGCAACUUUAUCUUAGAUAUUUCACAAAUGCCCUCAACCGCCACUUCUUGCGCAAUCCACUGGCAAGUAGCCCAGGCAACCAGUUUACACAAUAUCAGGAUCAUUAUGGCAGCUGGAACUACUAAUAACCAUAUCGGAAUAUUUAUGGAAAACGGCAGUGGUGGAUACUUGGGCGAUAUUGUUUUUGAACGAGGCAACAUUGGCUUUUACGCCGGGAAUCAGCAAUUCACAACGAAGAAUCUCGUAUUUUCGAAAUGUAGAACAGGAAUAUGGUCUCAUUGGGACUGGGGCUGGACUUGGAAGUCCAUCUAUAUGACUGGAGUCACUGUUGGGUUAAACAUGACUCGCGACCCUGGAGGCAUCAAUCCUGGCUCUAACCUAGUCCUUGAUUCGGUUUUUAACAACGUACAAACUGUCGUGCUUUUGGAAAGCACAACUGGAAUCAAUGGUACAACAAUGGUUGUCCUGGAUAACGUUGUCAUGCAAAACUGUGGCAUUGGCGUUAAAGCCUCCGGGUCUGCUCUCCUCGCGGGCGGGUCUCGUACUAUAGCUUCAUGGGGCCGUGGCAGAAUUUACAACGAUGCAAACCCCGAUGGCAUGCUCUCAACCGCUGGAAUGGACUUGACACCUCUCCGGAAAAUUGAUGCAUCUCUUCUAGGGCCCGGCAGUGGUGCCCCCGGUGGCAUCUUCGAACGCUUGAAACCCCAGUAUGAAUUAAAUAAUGCAGGCGCUUUCGCAAAUGUAAAGGACUACGGAGCCUUCGGAGAUGGUGUUCAUGAUGACACCAACGCCCUUCAGAAAGCCCUCUCUCUAAAUUGUGGCAUAGAUAAAAUCUUCAUACCAGCCGGUACCUACCUUAUCACGAAAACACUAAAGGUUCUAGUAGGAUGUAUCAUCGUGGGGGAAGCAUGGCCCCAAAUAAUGGCUACAGGUCCCAAUUUCGAAGACAUGAAGAAACCAUACGUUGCCGUUCGUGUCGGACAAAUAGGCGAUGUCGGAGAUAUUGAGAUAACGGAUGUUAUGUUCACAACUCGAGGACCUACGGCAGGUGCUGUCUUGGUCGAAUGGAACGUCAAGGCGGCUUCUCAAGGUUCAGCAGGAAUGUGGGACUGUGUUAUCAGAGUUGGUGGAGCGCACGGCAGUAAGCUUCAAGCCGCGGAUUGCCCCAAGCUAGCGACAUCCAUAAACGACAAGUGCAUCGCGGGUUCCCUGCUGCUGCGAGUUACUAGCCGUGCUAAUGGAUAUUUUGAAAACGUCUGGGGCUGGACAGCAGAUCACGACAUUGACAGUGGCCCUGAUCAAACUCAAAUCGAUGUUUAUGUUGCUCGGGGGUUCUUGAUCGAGGGGCCAGGCCCCACAUGGUUAUACGCUACUGCUUCGGAGCAUAAUGUGCUUUAUCAGUACCAAGUUCACAAUGCAAGAAACAUAUGGAUGGGAAUGAUACAGACUGAGAGCCCUUAUUAUCAAGGUGUUCCUGCGGCGCCGACUCCCUUUGAGGAUUCUUUAGGCCAAUUUCCAAUGGAUCCUCCAUUUAACCAGUGUAAUGGGGCUGGGGAUUGGUAUACUUGUGGCUUCUCUUGGGCUGUUCGUUUGCUGGGUAGUACAAAUGUCUAUCUUUAUGGCGCCGGUUUGUAUUCCUGGUUCCAACAAUACUCACAGGUCUGUCUUGAAACAGAGAGCUGCCAGUCCAGGGUUUUACAAAUAUCCCAGAGCACCGGCGUUCAUAUCUUUAACCUGAUGACAAAGGCUUCAUUAACCAUGGUUACAAGAUGGAAUGGCCAUCCUGCAUGGGCCGUCGACAAUCACAAUGCCUAUGGCUCCACUAUUGCUGCAUGGGUUCUGAACCAAAAGUCGCCUGUUGAUGGUAGUGGUGCUAUCGGCCCGGGUGGAAGCUAUACCCAAAAGAUCGGGGCAAGGUUCUGGAACACGCGCCGGUACAAUGACUAUUAUGAGACUUGUCCCGUGUAUCCAUGCACUUUGUCGCUCCCCCCACUGACAGUUUCAGCCCCAAUCCAACCGACCCCAAUCACUUUGACAUCCGCUGGCGCCACUAAAACAAUCACCCCGCCUAUCAUCCGGUCAGAAGUUCUCUCAUUCUCGCCGUUUGUCAUUAGCUCCACCCCAACCAACUAUAUAGAGUUGAUUCCAACCCUAUCAGGGACUACUAUCCCAGUCCCCGCAAUUACGUUCACGACGCUAGGGGUAAAACAUACAGUUAUUCCACCACCUCUCUCAAUUCCGUUUGCAACGGCAACCCAAUAUGGAAGCUGCAGUAUCUUCUGCGACCCCGAAGCUACCGAGUACCCCGAUUACCCAUUGAUUGUUGGACCUCCAAUUUUUCAAGGAUCUGACUCUAGUAACGCUACAAAUAUGACCUCCAUUUUUGGUGACGGGUUGCUUGGGGAUGACAAUGGUCGCGGCUGCUCUGGAGCUGGUUGUGGCUGUACGGGGGCUAAUUGUGGAUCCUGUCAUGGUCCAAAGUGUGGCAAGCCACCUGGUUGCCGUACUGGCUGCGGUGCUGACACCGACGGUGGAUGCAAGGGCGCAAACUGCAAUUCCGGAUGUCGGGACAAGCAUUGCGGCAAGUCCUGUAGAUCAUUAUUUUGCGGAUGUCAAGGGCUCUUCUGUGGUGGACUAAAUUUCGGACUUGGGGGACUCGGAGGCUUAGGGUCAUGCUUCGGACCAGAUUGUAUCGAUGGCCUCUGUAGAGGAGGUAACUGCUUCCCUGGCCCUAACGAUGUAUGCGUUCCGGGGCCCUGUCCCUGCUUCACCUGUGUGCCUCCCGGGGGAGGAGAAGGGGAGCAGGAAGAGGAGGAGGAAGAUGAAGAUGAUGAAGCGGAAUCUUGCCCUCUUAUUCGUCUUCCUCCGACGGUGGGUACCUCCAACGGGGAUCAGACAUAUGAGAUCAACGCACCUGGCGGCUCAAGUGGCUGGAAGUCACCACCAGAAGUCAACAAUGGUGGCGGCGGAUCAACGACAACUGGCGGACCUCCCGAGCCCACCCUUGAUCCUGACCCUUUUGCUCAACGGUUCGAAAUUUGGGCCAGGACCCAAAGAACAGGGCCCGCGUUCAUCGAGCAAUGGAACUCAGGCACCGAGGGACGCAAUAAGUUCCAGAGGUGUCAGAACGCGCUUGAAAGAGUUACGAUGGAAUUUGAUGUGACAGGGUGGCCAUCCGUGGUUUCACCUAUUGAGCAUCUACGCCCGUGGAGCGGUCUGCAAGAGUGCACUUGGACCCCCAAAAGUGGUCUUAAUUGGGAGACCGAGAGCGCCGGUGCAUGGAUUGGUGAUAUAGCUUGUCCAACCGGUACAUAUCCGUGUGUCAAGCCACCCAACGAGGAUGCUCAACGGGAGUUAUGUGGACCAAAUAACCCAGUCACUGCUUUUUUCCAAUUCGCCAUGAUUUUUUGCGAUUGA